GCGCAGCUUUAUGAUUUGCUGCAUGACAUCAGCUGGAUGAGAGGAGAGGCAGCAGCGGUUCCUCAUCACUAUGACACCCAGUCUGAGGAUAUAAAAGCCUGGGCCACUCCUUCUGCGCCCGCUGCACGGCUUCAGAGAGCAGCUCACUUCAGGUUGCCGGACAGAGAGCGAGUGUCUGAGAGAAUGGCGACGCUAGUUGAUCCUGUAGAUCCUCCAGCACCCUUCGGAGGUGUCAGUGGCAUCAAGAACACGGCAUCACCCACGGCCUCGACACAUCACUUCGACGAGGGCAAAUAUUACCUGCUGGUGGUCAUCGGGGAGCUGGUCACCGACGAGCAUCUGAAGUGUGCCAUUGCGGACAUUGAGAAAGGAAUUCGUUCAUGGGACACAAACCUGAUUGAUUGUAACCUGGACCUGGAGUUGAAGCUUUUUGUUUCUCGACACUCUGCCAGGUUUUCAGCUGACGUGAGAGGGCAAAAGAUUCUGCAUCACAAAAGUAAUGUUUUGGAGACAGUAGUGCUCAUCAACCCUUCAGAUGAAGCUGUUAGCACUGAGGUACGUCUGAUGGUCUCAGACACAGCCCACCAUAAGCUCCUCGUCCUGGCAGGACAGUGUUUUGAAAAUACAGGCGAGCUGAUUCUCCAGUCAGGCUCCUUUUCUCUCUUCAAUUUCAUUGACAUUUUUACUGAUCAAGAGAUCGGAGAGCUUCUAAGCACCAUACAUCCAGCCAACAAAGCCAGUUUAACUCUUUUCUGUCCGGAGCAUGGUGACUGGAAAAAUUCGAACCUAGACAAACACAACUUGCAGGACUUCAUCCAUAUGAAGCUAAACACCCCAACCAUCCUUCCAGAAAUGGAAGGUCUUUCUGAAUUCACAGAGUACCUGUCAGAAUCUGUAGAAAUCCCAUCUCCUUUUGACAUGCUUGAACCCCCAACUUCAGGAGGCUUCCUAAAGUUAUCCAAACCAUGCUGUUAUAUUUUCCCUGGUGGACGGGGUGAUUCAGCACUGUUUGCAGUUAAUGGCUUCAACAUGUUGAUUAAUGGUGGAUCUGAUAGAAAGUCAUGUUUUUGGAAGCUGGUACGACAUCUGGACAGAGUGGACUCUGUUCUCCUCACACACAUUGGAGAUGACAACCUUCCUGGUAUCAAUAGCAUGCUGCGGCGCAAAAUAGCUGAACUUGAGGAGGAGCAGUCACAGGGAUCCACAGCUAACAGUGACUGGACAAAGAAUAUGAUUUCACCUGAUAUUGGAGUUAUGUUUGUCAACAUGCCUCAAAACCUAGACAACCUUGAGCCCAACUACAAGAUUAGGAAAAAUGCUGAGGAGGCAUCUCUCAUGCUGGAGUACCUAAACAAGCUUUCUUUAAAGCCUGAACCUCUGCAUAGGAAUAUUGGGAAUACAGUAGAACCAAUUAUACUUUUCCAGAAAAUGGGGGUCGGAAAACUUGAAAUGUUUGUUCUUAACCCAGCAGAGAAUAGCAAGGAGUUGCAGUACUUCCUGAAAGAAUGGACUGGUAGUGAUAAAGACAAAUCCCCCAUCUUGUUACCAAAUGGAAAAGAAUCAGAGCUCCCAAUCUCAUAUUUGUCUUCCAUCUCAUCACUGAUUGUGUGGCAUCCUGCUAACCCUUCAGAAAAAAUCAUCCGUGUUCUCUUUCCAGGCAAUUCCACUCAGAGUAAUAUUCUCGAAGGCCUAGAAAAACUUAAACACUUAGACUUCCUCAAACAUCCUGUGAUCACACAAAAGGAGCUUAAUUCUGAUUUCACACCAACACUGAAACAAGCAAAGAUGAAACAUAAGACAGAUAGUAAAGAGAGUCUGAAGUCCACAUCAAAGCCAUCCCCAAGCAAAAAUCUCCAGAAAGAGUCCAAAGAAGAAUCCCCUGAAAAACUAACAACCCUCAGUAAAACUGACUCUGUGAAAACCCUGGAGCCGACACAAAAAAUAGAGAAGAAAGAAAAAACACUUGUGAAAAAAGUGAAAACAGGAGACAAGGACAGUAAAAGCAAGAUUGAGCAAACACCCAAAAUCGACACUCCAGAGAAAAAGAAAGCUGACCUUAAACCAAAAACAAUAAAGAAAGAAACAAAGAAAUCCCUGGAAAAAAGUGAGGCUGAUAAAAAGGCUGAAAAACCCACACCCAAGAAAGAAGAAAAGGCCAAGAAAGAAGAGGUGAAGAAGGAAAUUAAAAGACGAGUUAUUAAGAAAGAUUCCCUAUUAAAGGAAAGCAGAAAGGACGAAAAGAAAGAAACUCAGAAAGAUGAAAAAGAACCUAAAAAAGAUUUGAGGAAAGUCGGUGGCUUGAAAAAGAAUGCCCCUAGCACUCCUGAGGUGAAAAAACCUGCACCUAAACCAAAGGUUGCAGCACGAGGCAAGGGCCCUGGUAGUCCUGCAAAAUCCAAAGAGAAGGCUAAGUCCAAGCCCACCAAAAAAGAUGCUGGUGAACCAGUGGAAGCACCUUCCAUCUCAAGUGCUACUGCUGAAGAACCUGCCGUUGAAGCCAGUGUAACAGAUGUUCUUGAGGCAGAGAGAUCACUGAUGUCUUCUCCAGAAGACCUCACUAAAUAUUUUGAGGCUCUGAAAGCAGAGGAGAUUGCUGAAGUUGACGAAAUCCUAUUACAAACCAAAAUAGAUGAUUCUGAUCAAGGAAGGUUGAUUAAGCAUGAAGAAAUAACUCCUUGCAAAGAGUCUCCAGAAGCAGCAGAGUCCCUGGAUGAAGGAAUAGCAACCACAGAAGCUGAGGAGGAAUGUGGUGGUACUCCAGGGGAUCUAGAACCCAAUCAAAAAAGCAAUGGUACCAGUGAAAAAUUUGAAGAUGAAGGAACAGGUUUGGAGGAGUCUUCUGAAAUAGGAGACUAUGAAGAAAAGGGAGAUACAGAGGAAGUGGAUGAGCAAGACAGAGCAAUAUCUAAGUUAAAAGAUGAUGGAGAGCAAGUAGAGCAGGAAACCAAGGAAGGAUCAGAUUACGUUGCAGAAGAACCACAUGACAAAGAAACUGAGUUGCAGAGUUUUGAUGUAACCACACCACCAAAGAUCUCUGCACCAGCAUCUCCUGCUGUUUCUAUUCAUGAUGAAACACUACCAGCAGGUUUAGAAAGUGAGGUCGCCUCUGAUGAUGAAAAUCGAGAUGAGCCUCCAGAAGAAUACACAACAUCUGGACACACUCAAUCUACAAUUGAGAUUUCAAGUGUUCCAACACCUAUGGAUGAAAUGUCUACUCCAAGAGAUGUAAUGAGUGAUGAGACAACCAAUGAUGAAAGUGAUUCUCCUUCCCAAGAUUUUGUCAAGUAUGGUAUGACUACAGAUAAUGAGAGAAAGACCCUUUCACCUCUCCAAGACCUUCCUGAAUUAGAUCACUCCAAGAGCGAUGCCACUGAGGGGCAUGACUAUCAUGCAUCAGCUUCCACCAUUUCACCACCAUCUUCACUGGAGGAAGACAAAUCUGCCAAGGAGUUUUUAACCAAAGAAACAUUCUCUUUUGAUUCAAUCAGACUCAGUGCUACCAGUACAACUUUGCCUCUUGUCAGGUCACCUUCUGGUGACCAAAAUGUGAAUGUUGACCAUGUUCAUGCAGGUGUAUCUUCACCAAUUGAACUGGGAACCACAUUGACAGGGAUGUCAAAAGGAAUGGAAUCAUACAGUCCAGAUGAGAAAACCUUAGAGGGCCCUUUAUCUCCUCAGUCCUCAGGUCACACACCUUACUACCAAUCCCCAGUAGAGGAAAAAGCUGGCACUCUACCACUGGAGAAAACACCUGAGUCCCAGGGUCCUAUUAUUGUUGACAUCACAAGUGACAAGGAAUACUCUCCCAAAGAGGCUAGUCCUAUUGAUGAAGCAGUGCCUGUGUUGCAAAUGGGAAAGAAGCAAUCACCGAGUUAUGAAGCACAUUUAUCAACCCAUUUUGAGCUUGACCACAAGACCCCAAGCCAUACUGACAAUAAUGAUAAAAAGUUAGCAACUGAUGACAGUUCUUCAGUUACAUCUGCUACAUCUUUGCCACUGACUAAAGUAGAGACCCUUCCUGAUACAAAUCCUUUCACACCAUUUAAAGAGGACAGCAAAAUGUCCAUAUCUGAGGGGACCACAUCUGAUAAGUCUGGCACUCCAGUUGAUGAGGUUGUCGCAGAGGACACAUUUUCUCACAUCGCUUCUGCCUCAACAGCAUCGCUCGCAACAAGUUCUUUACCAGAACCUACAACAGAUGAUGUCUCCCCAUCACUUCAUGCUGAAGUUGGCUCCCCUCAUUCCACAGAAGUGGAUGACUCUCUCUCUGUCUCUGUUGUUCAGACUCCGACCGCAAUGCAAGAAGCAGAAGUUUCCCCUUCCAAGGAGGCCAGUCCCCGGCCUAUGUCGAUCUCCCCUGAUGUUUCCCCCAAAUUGAGAAUGCCACAACAGGAAACAAAAUCCCCUGAGCAGUCUUUGUCAGUUGAGUGUGGACAAGAAUCCCCAGAACACUCAUUUGCAUUAGAUUUCAGCAAGCAGUCACCAGAUCAUCCAUCUUUAGGAGGAAUACAGCAUAUAGCCAAUGAAAAUGGUCCAACAGAAGUUGAUUACAGCCCCUCAGAUGGAACCAAUGUCAUAGGAGAACAGCGCAGACCUGGGGAAGAUGGGGAGAAGGCAAUGCUCUUCAAAGAUUCUGAUAGUACCCAAGCUGCUUCAGUUUCCCCAUCAGAUGCCUCUCAGUCCACCCCAUCAGUUACAACACCCUCCCAAAUUGGGGAGCCAAGAGAAGAUUCUCCAAAUGUUGGACAUUUCUCAGAGUCUGUUACUCCAAAACAGUCACCCCACAAUCAAUCUCCUUUAUCUUCUGACUCAUCUCUUGUUCUAGGAGGACUUAGCACCUCGCAUGAAGAAACGGAUAAAGAUAAACCUAGUCCCAGCUCAUUUUACAAAGAGACUGGUAUGGAUAAAAUAGAGGACAGACAAAAUCUGGAGAAGACUCCUCCAAAGACCGGGUCCCCCUCAUCUCCUACGGUGUCAUCUGGUUUUUCUCCGAAGACAGAAGAGCUGAAACUUGGCUUAGGGACAAAUCCCUUCACAGACUCAAAAUCCCCUACCAGUCCCAAAAAGACAUCUCCAGCUCAACAUUCUCCUAGUUCCAAUCAGACAGACAUUCAAGAGAAGUUUUCCAGCAGCUCCACAUCAUAUUCCUACAGUUGUCAAUAUGGGGAAUCUACAAAAAUUUGUGAUGGUGGGUCCAUAGGGCCAGAUACCCCAUCAGUUACAACACCCUCCCAAAUUGGGGAGCCAAGAGAAGAUUCUCCAAAUGUUGGACAUUUCUCAGAGUCUGUUACUCCAAAACAGUCACCCCACAAUCAAUCUCGUUUAUCUUCUGACUCAUCUCUUGUUCUAGGAGGACUUAGCACCUCGCAUGAAGAAACGGAUAAAGAUAAACCUAGUCCCAGCUCAUUUUACAAAGAGACUGGUAUGGAUAAAAUAGAGGACAGACAAAAUCUGGAGAAGACUCCUCCAAAGACCGGGUCCCCCUCAUCUCCUACGGUGUCAUCUGGUUUUUCUCCCAAGACAGAAGAGCUGAAACUUGGCUUAGGGACAAAUCCCUUCACAGACUCAAAAUCCCCUACCAGUCCCAAAAAGACAUCUCCAGCUCAACAUUCUCCUAGUUCCAAUCAGACAGACAUUCAAGAGAAGUUUUCCAGCAGCUCCACAUCAUAUUCCUACAGUUGUCAAUAUGGGGAAUCUACAAAAAUUUGUGAUGGUGGGUCCAUAGGGCCAGAUACCUCAAAAACAAGCCCUUCUCAGUCACAAGCAGUUGUGGACUUGUGUUUGGUGACCUCCUGUGAAUACAGACAUCCAAAAACAGAGCUUUCUCCAUCCUUUAUAAACCCAAGUCCUCUUGAGUACUUCAUGAAUGAGGAACAUCCUCUGGAGGAGGAAAAGCCGCUUGCUAGGUCUGGAGGAGGACCACCACCACCUGGAGGGAAACAGCAGAGCAAGCAGUGUGAGGAAACUCCUCCAACUUCUGUAAGUGAAUCAGUGCCCUCUCAAACAGACUCAGAUGUUCCUCCUGGCACAGAGGAAUGCCCAUCAAUAACUGCAGAAGCAAAUAUUGACUCUGAGGAUGACUCAGAAACAUUACCAACAGAUAGGACUAUCACUUGUCGUCAUGCAGACCCACCUCCAGUCACGCCCAGAGACCCUGCUCCUGCCCCUCCACAUCCUGAUGCCUGCAUGGUGGAUCCUGAGGUCCUUAAGGCUGAAGAGGUAUCCCAAAAAGAUGAAAGAGGGAAGCCAAAAAAGAACAUCAGCAGCAAGACUAAGCCAUCUGCAACAAAGAGCUUGUCAAAAACAAGUGCCAUCAAAGAUUCAAAAGUGUCCUCUCCAAAAAAGACUCCAGAAGACAAAGAUGCCAAAAAUGCUACUAAUACCUCUGCAUCAAGGGGAGUGAAAAGCAGCACUUCAGGAAGCACUAAGUUCAGCAGUGGAACAUCAGUACCUAACUGUCCUCCAAUGUAUAUGGACCUAGUUUACAUACCAAAUCACUGCAAUGCUAAGAAUGUGGAUGCAGAGUUCUUUAAACGGAUCCGAUCCUCCUACUAUGUAGUCAGUGGUAAUGAUCCAACAGCGCAGGAGCCCAGUAAGGCAGUUCUGGAUGCUCUGUUGGAAGGAAAGAGCCAGUGGGGAAAUACUGUACAGGUCACACUGAUUCCAACCCAUGAUACAGAAGUUAUGAGGGAGUGGUACCAGGAAACCCAUGAGAAGCAGCAAGACUUGAACAUCAUGGUUUUGGCGAGCAGCAGCACUGUGGUUAUGCAAGAUGAGUCUUUCCCUGCAUGUAAGAUUGAGCUGUGAUUGUCAUGAUCCAGAUAUGGUAGAAGUUGGAUGUUAGCAAAUAAAUGAAAAACUACACACAUUCACAAAAGCAAAUAUUUUGGAUCACAUUCCAUAUUCUCAAUAGAGGAACCAGUAAAAAUGUUUUUCAGUAGAAUUAUCUCUCUAUCUUUUGAGGUCUCAGGUUGUGAAAAUGCUUGGUAUGUCAUUGUUGACCAACUUUUUGGUGUGAAUCAGACCUCCUUAAACACAAACCAGCAGAAGCUAAACUAAACAACUGACUAAAUACAUGCAGUAGUCGGUGGAUGAACACUGUACUGAUCAGCUCCAAUAAAAUUGACAACAAACUACAAAUUUACUCAUUUACACACAGACGAUGAAUGGAUCACUGAAAAAGAACUCCUUAAAUGGUAUUGUUUACACCAAAGGUUGAGGGAUUGUUUUAAUGCCUUAGAAAGUUAAACUGAAUGUACAACAAACAUAAUGCACUUAAUAUGAGGACAAUUAAAUGGUAUGUAUGAUUCACGGUCACAUAAAUAUAUAGUAUGCAAAAUACACAUUGAACUUCAUAUUCCAGCCACACUGAGUUGUAUAAAAUAUGAAUGUGAGGCUUGCUACCUUUGCAAAUAAAUGCAAAAUAGAACAAUUAUCUAACCAACUUAAAAUAACUCUCUGAGAGAAAAAAAAAAUGCUUAAGGAAAUGUGAAAUACCAUCAGUUGUACGUAAAAAAUGUUAUAGUAUAAAAAGAACACACACACACACACACACACACACACACACACACACACACACACACACA